AUGCAGCUCCUCACACUCCUCGCCACUGUUAUCGGAUUGAGCCAGAGCGCUGCCGCUGUAUCGAAGACAGAGGCACGCGCAACGGAGCAAUCUUCGAGUUCAGGAUGCCCCAACAUCUCCCCUGGGCCAGCCACUACUUUCCAGUUGGCUAGCCUGCUUCCCCUAUCGCCGCUCACAGACCCAAUCUCCACUGAAGCCAUUCGCAACACUCUAGCUAUCUACGUCUUCGCCAUCGAUGGUCGUAACUGGGAUGCUAUGGCGAGGGUGUUUGCCCCCAACGCGCGCGCAAACUACUCAGCGCCGCUCGGCGUUUCAAACGGCGUCGCCAACAUCACGGCGUCCAUCUCAUCGGGAAUCAACACCUUCGCGGGCACGCAGCACAGGUAUGGGUCGCAGUACAUCAACAUCUGCUCGCUGAGCAGCGCCAUCUCGGUGACAUACUUCGAGGCCAGCCAUUACUUUGUGCCCGACCUUGGACCAGCCGUUGUGGACGACAACCAGGUGCUUUAUGCCAACGGCCGGUAUGAGGAUACGUGGGCUAGGCAGAUUGAUGGAAGCUGGAAGAUCGUGAAUAGGAACUUGGUCUACAUGGGACCGUUGAUUCUGGACUCGACGACUUAA